GAUGCUCCGCAGGUACCGGUCCGCCGGGCUGUGUCUGGGCGCUGGGCGAUUUGCUGUGGAUGCGCACUCAGCAGCCUCCUGGGCGUCCCGGAGGCCUCAGGGCUCUAUUGGGGGGCAGCGGCCGCCCGGGGCGGGGCCCAUCGGGGCGGGGGGGCGGGUCCGGGCUGCCCCCGCCUCCGCUGGGCCUGGGCCCGGAGCGGGGCCGCUGGCGGGCGGGGAGAGCGCGGGGCGCGUCAUGGCGCUAGGCUCGGCCUGGAAGCAGAUGUCGUGGCUGUACUACCAGUACCUGCUGGUCACCGCGCUGUACAUGCUGGAGCCCUGGGAGCGCACCGUCUUCAAUUCCAUGCUGGUUUCCAUAGUUGGAAUGGCACUGUACACAGGCUAUGUGUUCAUGCCUCAGCACAUCAUGGCAAUAUUGCACUACUUUGAAAUUGUGCAGUGAUGAAGAACAUGUUUUCAAGAAACAACGGGGCUUUGAAAUCUGGUCUACAAAGAAGAAUGAACCUCUUGGUUUUAACAAGACUUCUACCGAUGUCGGAAAGACACAAUUAUGACUCCGAAGACUAGGAAAUGAGAUACGUAGAGCAGGGACAUGAGAUGUCCCCUAUGUUGUGUUCAUUCCUUUUAAUUUUAUGAGGUGCGCCCUUGUAUAGUAGUUUUGUCUACUUUAACAUUGUGAUUGUACUUUGAUAUCAGUAUUUUCUUAACUUUGUGACAGUUUCAAUAUUGCACUGUGAAAGCUUUUCUCAAUUGUAAUUUUGAGUAAAUCUUAAUUGCCUUCUAUUUUUAAUCAGAAAGUCAUCUUAUUAAAUGGGGCUUAAAGCUUUUGCUAUUGUAUGGUAUGUAUUUGCCUGGAUAUUUCUAUUAAUGCAUUUUGUAAGAAAUUACAUCUAGAUUCAUAUUAGAGACAUGGAUAUAUUAGUCUAAUGCUAUUUACAAAAGUUAGUUUGUAUGACUGAACUCAGGUGUACUGUUUGCUGUCCAAACUUUGUUCAACAGUAUAUUUGUGCAUACCACCUAAAUUUGGAAUUACCAAUUAUUCCAUGUUUCUGUAUUCCAUCUGUUAGAGGAUGGCAGGGGAGAUGAGGUAUAAGAGUAAAGACUGCACUUGUUAUAUUCAGAGUAGUGCUGUGGUUCUGGGCUUUUAUCUGUUGGGGAAAAAAGGACUUGUCUUUACUGACACAGGCUUUGGGAUAGCACUUUAAAUCAACCCUGUUUUUCUAGAUACCAAUUCAGUUGUAAUUUUACAGGAUGCUUUAUUAUGUUCCAGUGAUACGGUUUCUGCUAAUUUUCACUCAACAGUGUAACUAUAUCUAGGUUUUAAAGGGGUUUUCUAUUGCUGCUAGUGUUCCAAAUGUUCUCGCUACAAAUGACCAAAAUAUAGGGGUUUAAAUGGACUUGAAUUACAACUACAGCAGUAAGUAGCUGAAUACUUGGCUGAAGUCCUGUCUUUUUUUUUUUUUAAUAGGGAUUUUUUUCAGUUUUGUAUUCUGAAAUGUCAGAUGGUGACAACUUUCCUAAGUGGAGAUUUUUUUUGGUUGUUGUUUAAGAAAUAAAAGUUUAAAAGCAGAACUUGGAUGUAAAACUUUCUUGGAGAAGUUAAUGUCUCUCAGCGCUGCUUGCUUUUCUCAGAACUUUUCAAAAGGGGAAAAAUGGUACUUGACCAAAGGAUUGGAUUUUUUUUUUUAAUGGCCCAGUAGUAAUAGGUACUGUUGUAUCUUUUAUCCAGUCAGGAGAUGUACUUCGUCUGUACAACUAAUUCCUCUAUGAAGAUCCUUUCAUGUAGGUUUACUUAAUUUUCCCAAAUGCGCACUCUUGAGAAAAGAGUGGUUUUAUCCUCUGUAUUUAAGAACUUAGGUGUAUUUGAUUAAAAACUCCAUUGUCAUCUUGGGAGCUAUAAACAGUGGGUUUUAAACUUCUUAACCCUAGCUUUACUGAAGUGAGGAGUGCCUUUGCUUAUUAACAACCAGCUGGCUAAACAGGUUGGUUUUAGGGGUGGGCUUUUUUUUUAGAAUGCAUCCCAAGUUGUGUGUGGGUAUUUUAAGUGUAUAUGGAGUUAACAGUAAGCAUACUUUUUUGGCUUAAUGUAGCAUAAAUUCCUGCUGUCUAGUAAUUAAACAGAUACUAUGAUGUUU